CACCAGGGAGCUCUAAAGGAGCCGGCAGGCCUGGGUCCUGUAAAUUACCCAGAAGAGAAGGGGACUGGGUCAGAGGUAAAUGGGGGCCAAGUCAGAGCAGAUUGCAUAGCUUCCCCCAACCCUCCCCACCCGAAAAGGAAAAUAGACUUUAGGGAUGAGGGUGCCAGUCGAGGCAUUACUGACACUGUGCCGGGUACUGGGUGCCCAUCUGCCACUCUCUACGCUUUACACCAAAAAAUCCUUCCCUUUUGUCCCUUCUGAACCCAGCCUUAUAGCCGUGCUAGAGAAAUCCUCUCUAUGUCCCCCAUGUCCUCAUUAUAUGCACAGGGCUCUAAGUCCACGGCUGGUUUUACCCUCCGAGAGCUGCAGGCACGAGAGAGUGGAGUGACAGUAAAGCUAUACACAGCCAUGACAUAUCUUAUUGCCUAUCGUAUGGGACCAGAGGGAGAAAACAGAGCAUCUCUCAAUUGAGCUUAAAUGCGCACAUCGUUCCCUAGUGAAAGAAAGCCUUCCUUUGUAAAAGUUUCUGCAAAUUUUUUUAUGGAAACUUUUGAAAGUUUUGCUCUGAAUGGCUAAGAAUAAUCAGUCCAAGGUGGCAUAUUUAAGAAACAACAGAUAAAAAAUAAAUAAAUAAGUCAAUAGAGCUUUCUUUCUCCGACAGAGACAUAGCCACCGCGAUACAUCCUAACACUGCAGACAGCAGGUAGGACUGGGCUGACAGCAAUGAAUAUCUAUAAAACCAUAUGCUAAACACAAAUACACUCCUGCACUCACAAGCUCUCACACACAUACAUAGUAUGUGUGCAUGCUGCAUUUUCAACAGUGUUUGGUUUGAUUAAUGGGCUUCCUAACUAAGGAACUUGUUCAAAGUGACACAAGCUUUUGUCUGUGUGUGUCAUCCUCUUCCUCUUCCUGACAGUCACCAGAGUUGAAGGAGCCCCUCAUCCCCUUCCUUCUGCUCCUUGUUCCUGUUUGGUUAGCAGUGGGACAACUCGAUAAGAGCUGACAGCACAGUAAUGAUGAAUGCAAAUGAAAGGGACGGGGGGUAAAUGCAAAUGCUGAAAGCACAAUGGAAAAGUGAUUAAAAAGCAUUUCAGUGUCUUUUAUCUCCUGGUACUGCUUGUCCCGGGAAAGGAAUUUCAAAGGAGCAGUCUUAGGUCUUGGAGCCUCUUGCCAGCACUUAUUUCAACGUGUCUCUUACCCCCUAGAGAGGACUUAGCUUUGAUAGUUUUUUAGGCUGCCUUCCAUCUUCUGCCUUCAAUCGUAUCCCUUCCAAGUGGGCGACUUCUCAAACUUCUGUAAGCCAGCAGUUUGGCAAAGUCGUCUCCUGUCAUUGACUCACUUAGCCCCACUCUAUCUACGCUACAUUGUGCUUUUGCACUGAGAGAGUGACUGUCAGUGUGGAGGCGGACUGCAGUAUAUGAGUUUUCUUAGAUCUCAAGUGAAUAGUAGGUGCCAUGUGAAGAGCUAGUGUCAGUUAUUAGAAAAUUGAUUUUGUUGUUUGUUGAUCGGUUACAAUAGUCAAUUCCCUGUAACAUGAACUCCUGUCUAUGCUUCAUUGUCUGCUAUAGUGAUGCUCUCACCAUCUAAGCAUCUCCCCCACACACAGUGCUGUGAGAGUAAAUUUAUUUCUAUAGAGAGAUUCAGACAUUGGAAUAUGAGUCACAGAAAAAUGCCUUCCCUUUGACUCAAUGUGUUAGCGACGUUAUUUCUGAAUCUGCAUGAAAGACAUUUCUAUUUUCUGUAUGCCUUACCUCGUUUUUGUGUCAGAGGAAGGUCUGACACCAAAUGCAAGUGUUACGUUGUGUCAUUUUGCUAAAUUAAUAAUGGAUGCAGCCUUUCUUUUGGGGUCGAAAGUGUUUUCAUUCCGGUGGGUUGUUCCCACUGAAAGUUCAUCAUUACAUUAACAUCACACAUUGUCUUCACAUGUCUCACUCCUCCCUCUGUUCCUUUCCAUGGCUUCAUGGUGGAGUUAUAUUUAAAUCUGCAAGCACAGCUCAAUGUUCCUAUUGCAGUUUGUUCUGUAGACCAGCAGUAGAGGCAUGGUCUUGGGUGCAGGUGGAAUGAAGCGCCUCCCCUCCAUUUAGAGUUCACCUUUAGAUCUCUCAAAUCACCUGCAAAUCUCUCUGUGACAUACAUGCAUGAUGUAUUAGCAAGUAUGAGUAAUAUGCAUGUAUCCAUAUGAAAUAUUCAGAGGAAUUUAAAAGAACUCAUGUUUCCAAGUCUGCAAUAAUAGCUUGCAUUUUAGCAUCAAUUGCCACGUACAGGGGUAUGUUACUUAAAUUAGAUUAUAUGGAAACUUGGGACAUGCUAUGGGAUGGGGAGACAAAAUGAUGAUCCACUCAAAAAUCAGUGUCAGCCAUAGAUCAUGUUUAAUCACAUAAUGAUACAAUAUUCAGGCUGCUACUUGGAGUCAGAACGCCCUAUACUCUGAUAAGUAGAUUAUCACCAUCAAUGACAGAGAGCUGUUGAGGUUGAUUUGUCAUGAAGGUAAUCUGUCUGUGAUUUUGAUCAAGCCACAUUGGACAACAUCUCCAACAAUCUCUGGCAGACCGAAACAAAUGAAAGGUCAUGCAGACAUUUGGACUGAUUACUUUGGGACCCCUGACCACAUGAUUAAAAAAGUAUAAUUCCAUUAAAUAGUUAUUACUAAAUUACUUUCAGUGAAAAGGAGCCAAGAAUGACCUAGGGACCUUCUCCUUUUGUCCUUUCUUCCCCGAACCCUGGAGAUGUGGACUUGAGACCUGUGCGCUGAGUAAAAGGAGAUGUUGGGAUGCUGCCUUGUUCACACAACUGUCUCCAGAGCACUAAUUCCCUUCAUUAUCAGGCCUGGGAGAGCAGUCCCCAGUGAGCUCUUUUAAAUGUGGUCCUGCUCCACACACUCUCCAAUCCAAUUUGCUGUUAUUUUUUUAAAGAGAGCCGGGUAAUGGUGCUUGAGGGUGUAGAGCAAGAGGGAGGAGGGAGAGGGGAGCUUGGACUGUUAGUGGUAUGAACUGUUCUGUAGUUGAGCUGAGUGAGAAAGGAAAAUAAAUGGUUUCCACUUUAAUUUUAUAUUUCUUUAGAGUAUAGAUGUAGGAGAAGGGGCUGCAUCUUUGAAGGCUGGCCUUGGCGGAGCAAAUGAAUGCAGAGCAGAGUUUUACCAUACAAACACUUUCAAAUGUAGUGUUUGAUAAGAUGAAUAUCCUGGACUUGAGAGCCUUCGUCCUUUGAUUCUCCUCCCAGGCCUCCUCUCAAACGUCCUCUCAAAUAUGUCCUUCCCGGCUUUGCCUUUGUAUGUAAUGCAGUGAUAGAGAUGGCUACGGAGGCUGUAGCAGUCAGGAUGCACAGCCACAAAGUAAAAGAGCAUGUGUCACUGCAUAGCAAUAGAAUAUGAAGCUUUACAGAGAAGAAGCUGUCAAAGACAUUGACAUCCUCUUCAAAGUGUAAAGGAUUUCUCUGCCCUGGAUUUCUUACACAACACAGGGAUAUAGUUUUUUAGUAUGAAAUGAGUUAAUCACUGUUCACGUGUGUCUAGGAAACUUAGCUGCUAUGGCUUUUGCACAUAAAUAUUCUACCAUGCAGUAGAGAAUCCCAGUUUCAAUCUGAAAAUGGAAAGUGUAAUGAAGAGGAAUUGUGAAAUGCAGAUAGAGGUUAACAAAUAUGUUAGAACUGAUGAGAUGGUGAAAUGAAGAAAGUUCAUGAUACGAAAUAUGAAUACAUAAUGUUCCACAAAAGGUGUAAGAAACAGAGGAAUGAAAUGAAAUAGAGUAUGGAAGGCUUAACCAAUAUCAAAUCUAACAACUAUCUUAAUCCUUGAAAGGAUUAAACAAGUUAUUGUUGUGUUUUCAAAUCGUGGUUUAUGCAUGACAGGUCUUGCUUGUAAUCAUUUAAAAUAUUUCAUCAAGGCUUACUUCAAUAUCUAUGGCUUUUAAAUUCUCCAUUAGGGCUCAUCGUACCUAUCACAGGGUUUUAUGCAUUCUUUUUUUACAUUUUAGUCAUUUAGCAGACGCUCUUCUCCAGAGUGAGUGCAUACAAUUUUCAUACUGGCCCCCCGUGGGAAACGAACCCACAACCCUGGCGUUGCAAGCGCCAUGCUCUACCAACUGAGCUACACCUCAAACAUGAGGUUAGAAUAGAGUCAAGAUAAACUUCCUGCUCUCAAUUUAAAAAGUUGUCUGAGGCGGAUACUUGUCAAGUAGGCUUGUGGCUUUGCAUCUCAUUAAACAAAGCAUGUUAAUGACCAGUUUUUCUCAAAUAUCCUUCUGUAAUGCAAUGCAGCCUUUUGCUUUGGUGAAGUCAAUGGUGCUCUGGCAAAACAGUUAUGCUGCUGUACAUUUAACGUAAGGCUGUACUCUGAGCUCUAGCCGUCAGGGCCUGUGAUGCCUCUGAGAGCUAGUCAUGCCCGUUUCAGACAGACCUCUGUUAGACAGAUAAUGGAGUGUUCUAAGGUUAAUUUACAGCCAUACGUCCCCCAUCAAUAAGCAAUUAAGAGGUGUGGAAACAAAAAGGCACUCAGGCCAUCAGACAUGUUCCCCCUUCGUUUUAAUCAAUUAAUCGCUUUGGCAUGUCUGCUUGAAACCCCCCAAAUAGAUUUAGAUAUAAAAGUGACACAUGAAACGGCUCUAUUCCCAGGCCAGCAUCGCUGAUGUAGGAUCUUUUUACGCGUGUCUUAUCAAUUGAGAGAUUCAUGGUGGAACUCCCACUGGGCUCUCUUUUAACCCUCUCCCCUUGUUUCACACACUGUUUUUCUUUCCUAUAAAGGCUCAGAGAAGCCAAAUGGACCAGACGCAUUCUGCUUCCUCUACACUGGGUGUGAAGGCACAGGAAGUGUUUUAUGUGAUAAUAUAGCAGGCAGAAUAUCUAAUGCCAGCCUUGAGGAUGCAGCAACUGGGAAAGCAUGAAACAUUCAGAGUAGCAAGGAAAUGUAGAUGUCUUACACUUUUUUCUAUCUUUCAUCCAUCUCAACUGAUGUUGUCACUGUGACCGCCAUCUGAAUUUUCAUAUUGUUCAUUCAACCAUUAAUUCAACUCACCCGCUUUUCACAUUCCUGGUCAUCCACUCCUAUAUCUCCCUUGAUUGGUUUAUUAUUGAUCUACACAUUCAGUGAGGCGUCGCUAUUUGAGGAAUUUGCUUUCAAAAGACCAGCACUGGUGUACUGUAACAUGUAUUGCAUGUUAAGCAUCUGAAUUUAUGUGGAGGGGCUCUAUUUCCUUUUCACUCAUCUUAACUCCAAUUGCUCUUCUCUGCUGUAAGGUGGUGCUCACAUGUUUUCCUUUUUCUGUGACAUGCUUGUAGGUUUCCCUUGAGAGGGCCAGGCGAUAAGCUGCUAAUACUGUAUGAUAUGCAUGAGCUCUGCUCCAUAUCUUUAACCAGCCCCAUUAGACUGGCAUGAAACCCAGGGGAUCCUGAACACAGCAUAGGGCCCUGGCCAACAGCCCUGCUUUAUGACACAAACGAUCCUGAGCACACAGUGUCAAGGAUAAUGCGUUUAAAGUUUAUAAUAGUAGUAUAAUUAGUCAUUUUUAGUCCACCUGUGUAUUAGCUGUCAUGUGUUGUUGCCUAACCUGUCCCUUUCUCUUUCCACAGCUCCUCCAAACAACAUCUCAGUUUCGGCAGAGAACUGUCCAGCUCCAUUCAGCCGGUACCAGGCCCAGAACUUCACUCUACUGUGCACUGCAAAGGGAGGCAAACCUGCCCCUUCGGUGAGUCACACAUGCUGUAUAGUGCACAUACAGUGCAGUAUAUAGGGCCAAACACACAUAUGACAGGAACCUUGGAGCCAAUUCACUGUUAACAAUAAGGUUAAGGUACACAUGACUGAAAGGUUCCAGUUAUGUGUAGCCCAGUGCAUUUAGGCAUAACCUCAGUCAUUGUUGAAAAGAUAGCAGGUAAAGUACACUGAACAAAAAUGUUAACGCAACAUGCAACAAUUUCAAAGAUUUGACUGAGUUAAAGUUCAUAUAAGGAAAUCAGUUAGCUGAAAUGAAUUUAUUAGGCCCUAAUCUAUGGAUUUCACGACUGGGAAUACAGAUAUGCAUCUGUUGGUCACAUAUUAUUUUUUUAAAGGCAGGGGCGUGGAUCAGAAAACCAGUCAGUAUCUGGUGUGACCACCAUUUGCCUCAUGCAGUGCGACACAUCUCCUUUGCAUAGAGUUGAUCAGGCUGUUGAUUGUGACCUGUGAAAUGUUGUCACACUCCUCUUCAAUGGCUGUGCGAAGUUGCUGGAUAUUGGCGGGAAAUGGAACACGCUGUCGUACAUGUCGAUCCAGAGCAUCCCAAACAUUCUCAAUGGGUGACAUGUCUGGUGAGUAUGCAGGCCAUGGAAGAACUGGGACUUUUUCAGCUUCCAGGAAUUGUGUACAGAUCAUUGCGGAAACAUGAGGUGAUGGCGGCGGAUGAAUGGCACGACAAUGGGCCUCAGUAUUUUGUCACGGUAUCUCUGUGCAUAUUGCCAUCGAUAAAAUGCAAUUGUGUUCGUUGUCCGUAGCUUAUGCCUGCCCAUACCAUAACCCCACCGCCACCAUGGGGCACUCUGUUCACAACAUUGACAUCAGCAAACUGCUCGCCCAAACGACGCCAUACACGCUGUCUGCCAUCUGCCCGGUACAGUUGAAAUGGGGAUUCAUCUGUGGCCAUCGAAGGUGAGCAUUCGCCCACUGAAGUCAGUUACGACAACGAACUGCAGUCAGGUCAAGACCCUGGUGAGGAUGACGAGCACACAGAUGAGCUUCCCUGAGACAGUUUCUGACAGUUUGUGCAGAAAUUAUUCGGUUGUGCAAACCCACAGAUUCAUCAGCUGUCCGGGUGGCUGGUCUCAGACGAUCCCGAAGGUGAAGAAGCCGGAUGUGGAGGUCCUGGGCUGGCGUGGUUACAAGUGGUCUGCGGUUGUGAGGCUGGUUGGACGUACUGCCAAAUUCUCUAAAGUGACGUUGUGGUAGAGAAAUGAACAUUACAUUCUCUGGCAACAGCUCUGGUGGACAUUCCUGCAGUCAGCAUGCCAAUUGCAUGCUCCUUCAAAACAUGAGAUGUCUGUGGCAUUGUGUUGUGUGACAAAACUGCACAUUUUAGAGUGGCUUUUUAUUAUCCCCAGCACAAGGUGCACCUAUGUAAUGAUCAUGCUGUUUAAUCAUCUUCUUGAUAAGUCACACCUGUCAGGUGGAUGGAUGAUCUUGGCAAAGGAGAAAUGCUCACUAACAGGGAUGUAAACACAUUUCUGCACAACAUUAGAGAGAAAUAGGCUUUUUGUGCAUAUGGAACAUUUCUGGGAUGUUUUAUUUCAGCUCAUGAAACAUGGGACCAACACCUUACAUGUUGCGUUUAUAUUUUUGUUCCGUGUAGUUGUAGAUGGGGAUGAUUGAAGAGAUUAUUUUCUAUGGAAGAGUUUGACUUGUGAAUCAUAAUUAAUAUAAAUACACCAGGCAAUGUAAUCAUUAUAGAGACUCUUUUUUUUUUUUUUUUUUUUUUAUCAAACAUGGACAUACGGGUAGACCGAGUUUGGAUCAUUAAUCUUAUCACAAAGUGACUAAUUAGUAAUGAUUGUACCAGGAAUUGCCAUUAGACACACUGCUAUUCCCUAAACUUUUUUGAGAUAGCAGACAAGGUAGUAGAGAUAGCUGAAGCCACAUGCUUCUCUGUCUUCUUGCCUAUGAGCCUACGGACACUGCUUGAGUGGCGCCACUCGCUGUUCGUCCCCACUGGGCCAUAAAUCAUUUAAUUAUGAACCCAGUGAGAGGUGAAUAGAAGGUGAACAUGAUUUCCGUCUCUCAGGUACUGACUGACCACCUAUAUAAAGCCCCAUGAGUUUGUUCCAUGGCCUGCCUGGCACUCUGCUAUAAUGAUCCCACAGCUGGUUUUAAGUCAUUACAGUCCUGCUCUGCUGGACGUCUCUCCCAACCUUGAAGGAGGAAAUGAGAUAGAUCUGAAAGACCAUCUCUCCAAAUACAUGUAUGCCUGUAGUCUUUCCAUUAGACUCCCUGAGUAGCUCUGGUAAUGCAGAGAAUCAACUCAGUGGGGCAGUCAUUUGGUUUCUGAGAUGGGUGUCAGUGGAUCUGGUCAGGAGUUUUAUGACUCAUCAAAUCACUGAUGAUUCUACGAGUGGAUUUGGUCAGACUGUAAUCUUCUGUCUAAAUACAUAUAGAAGGUAAUAUAGAGGGUACAUGCUACAUAAGGAGAUAGAUUGUGGGGACAGCCCAGCGAUAAACUAGUGUCCUGUCCAGGGUGUGUACUUGUACAUCAAGCUGCCUCACACUAGAGGCCUUCACGGGUCCAAAAAGUUGGACCCGUUCGGAAAUGGACCUGGAGCUUUCCCUUCCGGACCCGAUAUGCAUAAAUACAUUUUUAAAAUAUAGAAACCCGUUCCGAACAGAUCCGAGGACAACUAGACCCAAUCUGAGCCGAGCGAGGCAAGCAGCAGAAACUUAAAUCCGUUCUACCUAAUUUCUACCAGCAUGUUAAAUGUGCAACCAGAGGAAAAAAAACUCUAGACCACCUUUACUCCACACACAGAGACGCAUACAAAGCUCUCCCUCGCCCUCCAUUUGGCAAUUCUGACCAUAACUCUAUCCUCCUGAUUCCUGCUUAUAAGCAAAAACUAAAGCAGGAAGCACCAGUGACUCGGUUAAUAAAAAAGUGGUCAGAUGACACAGAUGCUAAGCUACAGGACUGUUUUGCUAGCACAGACUGGAACAUGUUCCGGGAUUCUUCAGAUAGCAUUGAGGAGUACACCACAUCAGUCACUGGCUUCAUCAAUAAGUGCAUCGAUGAUGUCGUCCCCACAGUGACCGUACGUACAUACCCCAACCAGAAGCCAUGGAUUACAGGAAACAUCCGCACUGAGCUAAAGGGUAGAGCUGCCGCUUUCAAGGAGCGGGACUCUAACCCGAACGCUUAUAAGAAAUCCCGCUAUGCCCUCCGACGAACCAUCAAACAGGCAAAGAGACAAUACAGGACUAAGAUUGAAUCGUACUACACUGGCUCUGACGCUCGUCGGAUGUGGCAGGACUUGAAAACUAUUACAGACUACAAAGGGAAGCACAGCCGCGAGCUGCCCAGUGACACAAGACUUCCAGACGAGCUAAACCACUUCUAUGCUCGCUUCGAGGCAAGCAACACUGAAGCAUGCAUGAGAGCACCAGCUGUUCCGGAUGACUAUGUGAUCACGCUCUCCGUAGCCGAUGUGAGUAAGACUUUUAAGCAGGUCAACAUUCACAAGGCCGCAGGGCCAGACAGAUUACCAGGACGUGUACUCCGAGCAUGUGCUGACCAACUGGCAAGUGUCUUCACUGACAUUUUCAACAUGUCCCUGACUGAGUCUGUAAUACCAACAUGUUUCAAGCAGACCACCAUAGUCCCCGUGCCUCUAAGAUAACCUGCCUAAAUGACUACCGACCCGUAGCACUGACGUCUGUAGCCAUGAAGUGCUUCGAAAGGCUGGUCAUGGCUCACAUCAACAGCAUUAUCCCAGAAACCCUAGACACACUCCAAUUUGCAUACCGCCCCAACAGAUCCACAGAUGAUGCAAUCUUUUAUUGCACUCCACACUGCCCUUUCCCACCUGGACAAGAGGAACACCUACGUGAGAAUGCUAUUCAUUGACUACAGCUCAGCAUUCAACACCAUAGUGCCCUCAAAGCUCAUCACUAAGCUAAGGAUCCUGGGACUAAACACCUCCCUCUGCAACUGGAUCCUGGACUUCCUGACAGGCCGCCCCCAAGUGGUAAGGGUAGGUAACAACACAUCUGCCACACUGAUCCUCAACACGGGGGCCCCUCAGGGGUGCGUUCUCAGUCCCCUCCUGUACUCCCUGUUCACCCAUGACUGCAUGGCCAGGCACGACUCCAACACCAUCAUUAAGUUUGCCGACGACACAACAGUGGUAGGCCUGAUCACCGACAACGAUGAGACAGCCUAUAGGGAGGAGGUCAGAGACCUGGCCGUGUGGUGCCAGGACAACAACCUCUCCCUCAACGUGACCAAGACAAAGGAGAUGAUUGUGGACUACAGGGAAAAAAAGAGGACUGAGCACGCCCCCAUUCUCAUCGACGGGGCUGUAGUGGAACAGGUUGAGAGCUUCAAGUUCCUUGGUGUCCACAUCACCAACGAACUAUCAUGGUCCAAACACACCAAGACAGUCGUGAAGAGGGCACGAAAAAGCCUAUUCCCCCUCAGGAGACUGAAAAGAUUUGGCAUGGGUCCUCAGAUCCUCAAAAAAUUCUACAGCUGCACCAUCGAGAGCAACCUGACUGGUUGCAUCACCGCCUGGUAUGGCAACUGCUUGGCCUCCGACCGCAAGGCACUACAGAGGGUAGUGCAUACGGCCCAGUACAUCACUGGGGCCAAGCUUCCUGCCAUCCAGGACCUCUAUACCAGGCGGUGUCAGAGGAAAGCCCUCAAAAUUGUCAAAGACUCCAGCCACCCUAGUCAUAGACUGUUCUCUCUGCUACCGCAUGGCAAGCGGUACCGGAGUGCCAAGUCUAGGUCCAAAAGACUUCUCAACAGCUUCUACCCCCAAGCCAUAAGACUCCUGAACAGCUAAUCAUGGCUACCCAGACUAUUUGCACUGCCCCCCCACCCCAUCCUUUUACGCUGCUGCUACUCUGUUAAUUAUUUAUGCAUAGUCACUUUAACUCUGCCCACAUGUACAUAUUACUUCAACUACCUCAACUAGCCGGUGCCCCCGCACUGUCACGAUCGUCUUGAAGAGAAGUAGACCAAAGCGCAGCGUUAGUUGCGAACAUACUUGCUUUAUUUAAUUAAAGCAUACACACGAAAUAACAAAACAAUAAACGACUCGUGAAGUCCUCAGUGACAAUGACCGAACACGGAACAAAAACCCACAAACACAAAGUGAAACACAGACAGUUAAAUAUGGCUCCCAAUCAGAGACAACCAGCACACAGCUGACACUCGUUGCCUCUGAUUGGGAGUCACUCAGUCAAACAUAGAAAUAAACAACCUAGAACACCCAACAUAGAAACAGAAAACAUAGAAUGAACACACCCUGGCUCAACAAAAUGAGUCCCAGAGCCAGGGUGUGACAGUACCCCCCCCUAAAGGCGCGGACUGCGACCGCGCCUAAAUACGAGCAAAACAGGGGAGGGCUGGGUGGGCAUUCCUCCUCGGCGGCGGCUCCGGCUCCGGGCUUGCCCACCACCCUCCAACAAACCCCCCAUAGCGCCCCUGGUCCGGUCUGGCCCCGCUGGCUGGAGCUGGACUGGACGUAGCAGGAGCGGUAGGCUUCAGCUCCUUAGUGGAGCAGUAGAGCGGUACCUGAAUUGGCACCGAUGACCCAGGCACGAGUUGUGCCGGACUGACGACUCGCACCCCUGGCUUGGUGCGAGUGGCAGGAACGGGCCGGGCCGGGCUGGCGACGCGCACCGUAGACUUGGUGCGAGUGGCAGGAACAGGCCGGACCGGGCUGGCGACGCGCACCGUAGACUUGGUGCGUGGAGCAGGGACAGGCCGGGCCGGGCUGGCGACGCACCCCGUAGGCUUGGUGCGUGGAGCAGGGACAGACCGGGCUGGGCUGACGACGCACCCCGUAGGCUUGGUGCGUGGAGCAGGGACAGGCCGGACAGGGCUGGCGACGCACCCCGUAGGCUUGGUGCGUGGAGCAGGGACAGGCCGGGCUGGGCUGACGACGCACACCGUAGGCUUGGUGCGUGGAGCAGGGACAGGCCGGACAGGGCUGGCGACGCACACCGUAGGCUUGGUGCGUGGAGCAGGAACAGGCCGGGCAGGGCUGGCGACGCACACCGUAGGCUUGGUGCGUGGAGCCGGAACAGGCCGGGCUGGGCUGGCGACGCACACCGUAGGUUUGGUGCGUGGAGCAGGGACAGGCCGGGCUGGGCUGUCGACGCACACCGUAGGCUUGGUGCGUGGAGCAGGAACAGGCCGGGCUGGGCUGGCGACGCACACCGUAGGCUUGGUGCGUGGAGCAGGGACAGGCCGGGCUGGGCUGUCGACGCACACCGUAGGCUUGGUGCGUGGAGCAGGAACAGGCCGGGCUGGGCUGUCGACGCACACCGUAGGCUUGGUGCGUGGAGCAGGGACAGGCCGGACAGGGCUGGCGACGCACACCGUAGGCCUGGUGCGUGGAGCAGGAACAGGCCGGGCUGGGCUGUCGACGCACACCGUAGGCUUGGUGCGUGAAGCAGGGACAGGCCGGACUGGGCUGGCGACGCACACCGUAGGCUUGGUCCGUGGAGCAGGAACAGGCCGGACCGUACUGGGAACACACACCACUGGCCUUAAACGGGGAUCAGGAACGGGCUGGACCGGACUGGCAAUACACCUCAGUACCUCUCGCCGUGCCUCUACAACUUCCUUCCCUCCUCUCGCCAAUGGCUCCCGUAACCCGGUGGCCUUCUCUCCUCGUCUCCCAUUUCGCCCUGUGGCAGCCUCCUGCUGCCCAGUCGCCCAUGCCGUGUGCCCCCCCCUAAAAAAUUAUUGGGGGUGCCUCUCGUCCGUCCGACGAUGGCACUGCUGACGCCGCUGCUCCUCUCUCGCCAGGGCCUUAAUCCUACCCCACGGUCCCUUGCCCCCGAGCAUGUCCUCCCAGGACCACGAUUUGCCCACCUGGGCCAUCGCCAGCCUCUCCAUCUCCUUUCCUGGCGCUUCCUCCCAUGUCCAGUCUGCCUGCUCCUGGACACGCUGCUUGGUCCUUUUAUGGUGGGUUUUUCUGUCACGAUCGUCUUGAAGAGAAGUAGACCAAAGCGCAGCGUUAGUUGCGAACAUACUUGCUUUAUUUAAUUAAAGCAUACACACGAAAUAACAAAACAAUAAACGACUCGUGAAGUCCUCAGUGACAAUGACCGAACACGGAACAAAAACCCACAAACACAAAGUGAAACACAGACAGUUAAAUAUGGCUCCCAAUCAGAGACAACCAGCACACAGCUGACACUCGUUGCCUCUGAUUGGGAGUCACUCAGUCAAACAUAGAAAUAAACAACCUAGAACACCCAACAUAGAAACAGAAAACAUAGAAUGAACACACCCUGGCUCAACAAAAUGAGUCCCAGAGCCAGGGUGUGACACGCACAUUGACUCUGCACCGUCACCCCCCUGUAUAUAUAGCCUCCCUACUGUUAUUUUAUUUUACUUCUGCUCUUUUUUCUCAACACUUUUUUUGUUGUUGUUUAAUUUUUACUUUUUUGUUAAAAAUAAAUGCACAGUUGGUUAAGGGCUGUAAGUAAGCAUUUCACUGUAAUGUCUGCACCUGUUGUAUUCGGCGCAUGUGGCCAAUAAAAUUUGAUUUGAUUUGAUUUGAUUUGAAAAGUACAUUUUAUAAGCUACUUUAUUAACCGGAGCUGAUAAAGCGCAAGGGAAAGGAGGUAAAGAAAGGUGACGCUCUAGCAGGGGCCGUGCUGUGUGUAGGCUACUGUGAGUGUGAGCGAGUGACAUGGGAACAGGGAGGUGGGAGAGAGAGACGAAAGAUAGCAACCAACCAAGCCGACUCGUGCUAUAGUAGACUAAUAGCUGCCAUAACUAGGUUAUUUGUCAUCCAAUAUGAUUAAGUAGUACCUGUCUUGACUGCAACAAACCGGGAGAAGCUAGUUAAGCUAGCUAGCUAGCUAUCUAGCUAGGCUAAUUGAGGAUGCAUGCGCUUUCUCGUCUUACACAGUUACAAACAACAACAACUCCAUUCAGAAUAUAAAGUAGCAGCAACAACACGUGUGUUGCUUGUAUAAUUGGCUCUUGGUCGUUGUAGCCUAUCCUUCUCCUUUAACUUUUAAUUCCACCAUUUUUCCACCAUCCUUUGUAGAUGAUGUGUUAAAAGCUCUGUAGCAAAUAUGCCAAUCACUGUAGAAGACUAUUGGAUGAUUCACAGAGAGUGGUCCGUUAAGGCUUGCUAGCUGUUCCGGUAGACUUCCAGUCAUUACGCUAAUGCUAUUUAGCAAUGGCUUGCGAAACUACCUUACAUUUCCUUCAAACUGCACGAAGAGACAUACAAAUGGUGUCUAUGAGUUAAUCUGACUCUUGGUAAGUAUAAAAUGGGCUUAAUAGACAAAAUCUCGCACUAGAUACUCUUAAUGCAUUUUGAUAUGGCCUAACAGAACCCCUAAAACCUCGAGGUCAUUUUGACCCUUCAAUAUCAUUCAACAGCAUCUUUUAACCUUUGAACUUUGAUUUGUUUAACUGUUAGGCAGUGUGAAAUUUGACAAGAGUAUUAUGUAGUCUCAUCUCUUAAAAAAUAAAUAAUCACUAAUCCAGCACAACCCUAGAUCAUGAACUCAAUACAAAAUCACUUAGAGGUUCAAGCAUUAAGAGGAAACAUAUAAAUUCAUGUUAGGUUAAGUGAGGUAACAAAAGAAGCAGCCUUUCUGGAUGAAGAUUGAGCGGUAGGAGUGGGCGAUUUAGAGUUAUGAUUAGGAUACUGGUUGACAAGGAGAGUUGUCUCCAAGGAAAUGGAACAAGUAACUGUAUAUAUACAUGAAGUACUCUAUCAAAGUGUGUCUGUGUUUGUAACAUGGCCAUGCUAUGAUUCUAAAUAGUAGAGGAUACUUUUGUUGACUCCAGAAGAAGUUGUAAUGCCUCUGUGGAGAGCUAAUCACCCUGCCAGAGUAGGACUAAAUCAAAACCCAGUAAACAAAUUCUGACAGUGUUCACAGAUAUAUUUUAUAACAGGAGUGUCUCUCGACUCCCCAAUCCUGCACAUUUCUCGUUUUAAUCUCCUUGGAGAUAUAGUGCUGUGGUCUUUAACCAGUGGAGGAAAUCAUUAAUAAAUAAAAAAGUUAAUUCAGAAGAAGUCGUUUCGGAUUUAUUUCGAGAGACACUCAACAGCAUAGUAUAUCCCAUGUUUUCAGACUUUUUAGUUGCUUAUUAUGUGUACAUUAGAAACUAACCAUGACAAUAUAAUAGGAAAAAAUAUGGGACCUAACCUAAAAUUCGUAUACACCACACUACAUAGUGCUUCAUCAACCAGUAGUUUUUAUUUGUAACAUGUCAUUAACCAAAGCAUAGAGCAUAAUGGCAUUGUAUUCUCCUUAUGUCAUUAAUUGUUGUUGUUUGAAGUUAUGGUAUUAUGAAACCCCAUUAUUAGCUGUAUAAGGAUCUGCUCCAGCAGCACUACUGUAUUGGCCUGGGUUUUGUGACUGCAACUUCAAAUGUCGUUCUGGUUUUUGAUUAAACUCAUUUGCUCUUUGUCAGUGCUGUUGCCUGGGAGCUUGUUACAAAACGAGCUGUUGUCAGCUCUAUUUUCUAUUUUCCCAGUCUUAGAUGCUUUUCUAAACCUUUAUCAAAGCAUGUUCUGUGUUUAUACGUACACCAUUUAACAGAGGUCAACAGUGUUUUGGUUACCCUACAGACUUUCACCUUGCAGCUAUGUGAUCAGUCAUCAUUUGUUUCUGGGUGGGAGUUUUUUAGGUUAGCAUGUAAGCGUAAUCAAUUGCUGCUAUGUCAUACAAGAGCUGUGCACUGGGUUGUGAACAUCCAUUCCUUUCUUUCACCAGUUAUUCACCGGAAAGAUGAAUUUGUCUGCUUUUGAGCGUAUUAUACAAGCAACAAGCGUGUUGUUGUUGUCGCUAGGUACUGUAAAAAGUGCAUAAUCUUCCAUUUGAGAUACUUUUAAUGAGCCAAUCACAUAGCAGUAAUAGUUAUCUUGUGACAGGCAUUACAUCAUCAUCACAAGUAGCUACUGAUUGAAAAGAGGAAGGAUAAUAACAGCUAAUAAUGAGAGAUGAUUAAGUCAUGGUUACCAUUGUUUCCUCUCUCUCUCUUUCUCUGUCUGUCUUUCUCUCUCUCUCUCCCUCUCUCUCUCUCUCUCUCUCUCUCUCUCUCUCUCUCUCUCUCUCUCUCUCUCUCUCUGAGUCACACUGUCACCAUGUAAAUUACUGCCUUGUCCCUCUGAUUGUGGCAACAUUAAGGUGUAUUUGGGCCAUUGGGUGAAGAGAAAGGGUUAUUGUUACGCUUCCAAAUGAGCUUUGGAAUCGAGGUGUUAGGGAGAGGGAGUUAAGGCUGGCAGUAUCUGAAGUGCAGGUGCUUUUCAUCACUGUCUAUUCACAGGCAGAAUGCAGAGCCUACCUCGUGCCGCACCAGCUUAAUUUCGCUAACACCAAAGCAUUGUGCUUGGGCGGGCGUUCAGAAUUACAUCUUUGUUUGUUUGUCGAAGCUCUCUCAAAUCCGAAUGAAGCUGGUGGUGUGUGCUCUGGCUCCAUUGUCUGAACACAUUGGACCCUGAUGCAUUUGGGGAUGUAGAACAGAGGCGUGAUUGAUAAUCACUUUAUUCCACUGUAAAGGACCAUGUCUAAAGACCACUGAAAACCGCAAAUAGCUUCUCAUUACAACACAGCUACCACUGCCCACUGUCUAAAUUACAGCCAGCAGCAAGACUCAUAUGCAGACCCCAAAAGAAGUAGCCAGCCUAAAGACAUCUCUAUAACAAUGGGGCUUUCAUUGCCUCUAGUAUGCUGAUUAAAGGGGCAAUAACAAAGCGUCUCCAUGCCCCUGUUUCUGUAAAAAGCUAAGGGAUGGGGCUGGAGAAAUGUAACCACUCUCAAAUUCAUAAACAGAGCUAUAGAUGCCAGGACUAACCAUCCAUUAUACAGUAUCAUAAUGAUAGUUUGAACAAUGUUUUGAGGCUAUAUAGUGUUUGUUUACAUUUACUUUGUUUACAAACAUUGGAGAAAAACAAGCUUAUAUUUUGGGUUCUGAUGGGCUCAUGAGGUAUUUAUAGGUUAUAUUCUUCAAGAAUCAAUGGGUAGGUAUCAUUAUUUUAAGUCAAAAUGGACAUAGCAGCUUCUGGUUGCCCCUUUAAGCCUAGUGAAAACUUGAGGAUUAGGUAUUUUAGGUAAGUGGGUCAGUUUGACUGGUGAAUAUCAGGAUAUCAAUUUCAAUUUAUUUUACCGAAAGUGUAUUCACAAAUUCAAAGGAAAAUUCAAGUGAUCAGUGUAUUUUUGUCAUAAUGUGAGAGAGGAUUUCAUAAAAUGGAAUCCAUGAAAUGUAACAAAAGGUAUUUUUCCCAUUGUAAGCUAUGCAUAGUAAACCAAUAAAAUAUUGAAUAAUUAUUUAACCUACUUUUAAAGCCUUCUAUCUCCCAGAGAGUACUGACUAUCACGUAUAUACGGUGUGCUCCAUAUUCAUUGGCACCCUUAAUAAAGAUAAGAAAAAAAGACUUGGAUCUUCCAGCAAGAGAAUAAUCCCAAGCACUAAUCAAAAUCCACAAAGAAAUGGUUAAUUGACCACAAAAUCAACAUUUUGCAAUGGCCAUCUCAGUCUCCGGACUUGAACCCUAUUGAAAACCUGUGGUUUGAAUCGAAGAGGGCAGUCCAUAAAUGCAGAUGAAGGAUAUCAAGGAUCUGGAAAGAUUGUGUAUGGAGGAAUGGUCUAAGAUCCUUCCAAAUGUGUUCUCCAAUCUCAUAAAAUAUUUUAGAAUGUUGUUAUCCUCGCAAGUGGAGAGUGCUAGAGUAUUGAAAACAGGGGUGCCAAUAAUUUUGACCCCUAUCUUUUUCCAAUUUAUUUUUUACAAGAUCUAUUUCUCAGAAUAUAAUGUAUAAAAAAUAGCAUACAAUAUAGCUCAGUAUGUGUAUAUAUUUUUGGCUCAUCUUUAUCAAGGUAUCCAAUAAUUCCAGCCCCCAUUGUAUGUGUAUGAAUGAUCCUUAAUUAUUGAGCCACUUCAAAGUAACAUAAAGUACUAUAUAAAAUGAUAAUGGGAUUAUAUAGACAUCCACAAUGAUGCUCUCUCACUGGCACCUGAGGUCCAUUAAAUGCAACUCUUCCAGACCUUACACAAGGUAUCCUUCCUAUUACUGUCUUGAAUAACAUGCAAUGAUUCCUUUGGUAUAAAACAACCUCGAAGCAACAGUUUUCUCUGUCAAAAUGUCUUUCUACUGUAGAGUUGUAUGAAUCGUGAGUCCUUCUGACUUACAAUUGGUACAGCACUCACUUCAUUGUUUGGAAAAGUAGGAGAGAUAGUGCCCCACACUGGUCAGCAGUGCAUACAACAGAUUUUUUUCUGAAUAGGAAGGACACAUCCUAGAGCUUGUUUUUGUUAUAUGUUCUAGAUUAAAGCACGGUGCUUUGUGGAUUCAGAGCUUUUUCAAAUGUCAAGGCAGCCAUUCAGACUGCUCACUGGACAGACGUUUGGUAUUGUACGUCUAUCUUUGCACCUCGAAUAAGCUUGAUAUGUUACAUUUGGUAUGGUUACUAAAGACAGAAGGUUAAGUAGCCCUUUCCACUCACAGCCCUUGUCAUCCCAUAUACAGGUUGAAAAUGGCAGAUUUUGUCAUACAAGCAAACUGGGCACUUCACAUUUCCAUAUUUGAAAACUUGUGUCGUUUACAGUAUUAACGUUUAUGAUUGCUAUGUUUGAUCCACAGUUACAAGGAUGACAUGAGUUAUACCCUGGGUUGUCCUGAACAGAAUUAUGUUUUUUGCUGCGGAACAAGCACUUGAAUGCACUCAUGACUACAUUCUAUGCACACCAAAAUUACAAUCUGUUUGUCUGAAGUGCCUUUUGAAAGCAUAACACUGUAAGAUCAUAUUUUAUAACUUAUCUAGCCAUGUUAGCAAUAAAAUACGCUUUCGAAUGAUGCCCAGCUGACCCAGAUUGUGAUUUAUAAUGGUACGUUUACAGUAAUUGUGUGAUGGUGGGGAUGCAGGGCUGUGUUCCAAACAAAUAACUACAAGUGUGUUUGCUUCAGUUCCUCAAUGGCAAAGCUAAGAGUGCUCAAAAAAGCCCCUAAUAGUUGAAGGCUCUUUUCUUGAGUCAUAAAAGUGCAUUGAAAUUACUUAGGAACUGUGCACAGUUUGGAGAGGUGUGUGGCCACUUGGAGACACCAGUUAGUCUUAUUUUGCACGUUAUAUUCCAAACUUCAAUGAGUAUUUUUAAUAUGUUACUGAAUGUAUCCAGAGUAUUUUCAGAUUUCAUGAUUGACAAAUGCUGAGGAAUGUACUGUAAAUGUAAAAUGCACAUACAAUCCUGUAAUGUUUGGAUUCAGUCUUGUGUCAGGUGAACUGUUGUGUCCUCACCUUUGGUCUGAUAAUUUCCCAAAGUGUUCUCUUUCAAUUGCUACCAUGGUCAUGCAUAUGCUUUUCAUAGGUCUUCUGUUAUAAACAUUCCAAGCUGGCUUUACCCAUAUAGGCCAAUUUCCACGAAUGUAAGGGGUGAAGACAGAAACGAUAGGAGGGAGGUUGGUCUGGGAGGAUGGAUGGGCGUAUACCGUGACCAUCUAGCAAUCCAAAGGUUGCGUGUUCGAGUCGCGUCAGGAAAAACUGUAGCAUUGUAGCUAACCCUUCCCCUAACUCUUAUUCUAACCUUAACUCAAUUCACUUAACCAUUUACUUAAAUUCUCGUAACCUUUGUCAUUUCAGUUCUCCUAACCUUUUACGUAAAUUAUCCUAAUCUUUGUCGUUAGUUCUGCUAACCACCAAUAUAAAUUCUCCCCAUAAUUCUCAUUUGUUGUUAAGACACAACAAACAACCAUGUCUCAGAGAAAGACAUAUAAUACUAUACGUCCUCCAAGAGGUAUGAUAAGUUACGUCAUCCAAUUCUUAUGCUAUUGUACAACCGGGUAAGAUGUAUGAUACUAUAAUAAUACGUCCUUUAAUUCGUAUGAUAUUGUACGAUCGCUAUUCCAAUCAUAAUGUAACCUAACGUAACGUAAUAAUACUAAAUGGAGGAGAAAAUAUUUACUUACCAAAUCUUACGAAUUGCCUUGAGGCCAGGUUGAGCCAUUCCAUCACCAGCUACAUAAGACCAACUCACGCACAUUAAUAGUUUAGGUUCAUGAAACUAUCCUGUUUCUCCACAUUUCUUAACAAAUUGGUUUUAUACACAAUUCUGUAGUACCCAAACAAAAUGAUUCUUCAUUGUGCAGGUAGGUAGUAGGUAGUGGUGGGAGUAAGUACAAUGAUUAGUUGAUACAAUGAUUAGAUGAGAGUUAAUAGAGGGAGUCAGUUUAGGAGGCGUUGAGGUCAGUACAUGUCAGAACAUACAGCACUCUUAAUCUCCCUUGAUCACUGUAAAUUUCAGGUAUACAAGUGAGGGAUCUUAAUUUGAUCAGCCUGUUGUUGCAAGACAUUUCCUACACAGCAGGAAAUGCAAACGUGUAGUGUAUUCAAGGUUUUAAAUGGCUUCUAAAGACUGUACUUUCCACUUUAAAACAUCAGACUUGAUUUGCCCCAACAUAAAAUGUAUCAACCCCUACAAAAAAUCUCUAAUUAUAAUUGAAAUGUACAUUUGCUGCAGGAUUAUUUUCCUGCUGUGAGAAACUGGUCAAAUUAAGAUCCUACUGUAGGUCUGCACAGUGCAUAGGAAGUCAACAUAGCACUGAUCAGUUGGUUUAUAGUUAAGGCUCUCAACACAGAAACGAUAUUGUCCGCCCUGGCUCUGGGGACUCUUGUUCUUAAAUGUUGAGCCAGGGUGUGGAUUUUUCCUUGUUUAGUUUUCUAGGUUUGUCGUUCUAGAUUGUGUAUUUCUAUGUUGGCCAGGGUGGUUCCCAAUCAGAGACAGCUGUAGCUCGUUGUCUCUGAUUGGGGACCAUACUUAGGCAGCCUGUUGGCAUGUUCCGUUAAGGUUUGUGUUAUUUAACCUAGGACUUCACGUAUCGUUUGUUUAUUGUUUUGGUUCGUGUGUGUACACAAUAAAGUAUGUACGCUUAUCACGCUGCGCCUUGGUCCGCUUCAUCAUCUAUCGACGAUCGUGACAGAUAUUUGUGUGACUACUGUAUACAAUAUACACUGUAGUACUACUGUAUUAUCAUGUUAUUUGCAGGGAUACAUGCACUGUUGUGUUAAACAAGGAGAUACAGUACACCUUAUGGAGGAGUCAUUUAAAUCCCUUGUUCAUUGUUUAAUCAAUAGCUAUGUACUGUCUAUGAUGUGCUGUAGCUGAAAACCUAUAAACCUGAAAGUGUUGUGUUCAUGUUAGGAGGAGUGCUGGUCGUCUGUUCUCUCCCUCUUGGUAUCUGUUCAUAUGGAGCCAUAGAGAGUCAGCCCCCAGGAGCAUGGCUUUACGUCACACUUGUUUACACUCAUUACUGCUAUUUACCCAGCAGAUUGAACAGCCCCUGAGGUGGCAUCAAAUCAAAGCACGCUUCAACAAUCUCCUUUUACAGAAAAGCCAAAAAACUGAGUGAAAUGUACUAUAUUAGACUAACAGUACUUUGAUAUUUUGCAAAUUGAUUCCAAAUGUCCAAAGGUCCUCUAACGGACUGUGAAUCACAUUUUUCUCUUCAAAUAAAGAAAGAAAAGAGAACAUCUAAAAUCACAGUAUGAGUAGGGAGCUUCACAACUAGCAAUGCCACUGGCAGUAGCUCUGCAUCCUGAUGUUAAAGCUAAUAUCUGGAGGUUAUGUGUUGAAAUGGGAGCUUGAAUUCCCUGUCAAGAGAUUUACCAGCCGGGGAUCUUAAUACCCCCAUGAAAUAGUGAGGAAACUCCUGUAAUAUCACAGAAAAGCCCUGCUGAACACCAGCACCGAGCAAAGCUCUGACACAUCUCCUCUUCACCAGCUCACUGGUGACUGACUAACCACAGCCCAUUAUCACCACUUGAAGCUGUAAUAAGAAUACUGGAAGGGAUAUAAUUCAACCCAAAUCUCUCCUUCUCUUUCCCCUUUUUUGUCUAUCUCUCUCUUUCACUCUCUCUUUUGCUCUCUCUCUCUCUCUCUCUCUCUCUCUCUCUCUCUCUCUCUCUCUCUCUCUCUCUCUCUCUCUCUCUCUCUCUCUCUCUCUCUCCUCUCUCCUCUCCUCUCUCACUCUCUCUCUCUCUCUCAGGUGUACUUUAAGCGAGAUGGAGAGUUGAUAGAGGUGAUUUCCUACAUCCACCCCUCAGCUGUUGCAGAGGAUGGUGGUGGCUCAGCGGGGGUGCGGGGUGCCAGGCCGCUCAUCAGCAGGGACCUGGAUGACACCAAGCUGCAGAGGUCCCUCUCCCUGUUGGAUCCAGAUGGCCGGCCAGCCCGCCUGUUCACCGAGAGCCCUGAGCGGGGUCGUAACCCGGGCCAGCACACCCAGGGCCAGCAGCAGCAGCCCAGCCCUGCCACAGAGGUCAUUCCAGAGACUGUGGUGAGCCGGGAGUUCCCCCGCUGGGUGCAGAGCACUGACCCACUCUACUACUUCAGCCACACCCACAUCCCCCAGAGUGAUGGCUCUGUGCUGGUGCAGGCCAGACUCACCUGGACUCUUAACCCCCAGCUUGACAAUGAUGCCAUGUUCAGCUGUGAGGUCAAGCACCCAGCACUGUCCAUGCCCAUGCAGACAGAGGUCACACUGGGUGAGUACAACACAGACAUACCCCUCCCCUAACUCACUCCUCUCCCCUUCUCUCCUUGUUUCCCCGAUGCCUUACUCAAUCUCUGCCUUACUCAAGCCUCCUUAUGUCUCCCUCGCAAAUCUACUCCGAACAACACUGAUUUCCAUUUUAUGCUUAAUUGUGUUACAGCUGAGUAGAUUGCGAGUUUAGAGUGGAAUGCAAAACUCUGUAGUGACUGACAGGGCAAUUCAUUGAGCUGUCUGUUGCUAGAUUGAGUUAACUCACAACCGUUAUUGAAAAAGUCAACCUGAAUAAGGGAAGCCAAAUGAGAAUUUAAACAUAACCAGCCACGUGAAGUCAAUGUAGAGGCGAAUCUGUGUACCCACACGUCUGAUACAAAUCACUGCCUCCCAUAUGCUCUAAAUAUGAUGACACAAUCUCAACAAAUGUCCUGUAUUGGAAGAGGUUUCUUUACUUUCAUUUAAAUUGUUUCAAGGAUAAACGAGGGAAAGUAACUGUGGGAUUAUUUGUUUGUAGUUGAUUCCGCAAAUAAUCAAAGUUAAGAAAAUAUACACUGAGUAUACCAAACAUUAGGAACACCUUCCUAAUAUUUAGUUGCACACUCCCCUUUUGCCCUCAGAACAGCCUCAAUUUGUCGGGGCAUGGACUCUACAAGGUGUCAAAAGCAUUCCACAGGGAUGCUGGCAAAUGUUGACUCCAAUGCUUCCCACAGUUGUCAAGUUGUCUGGAUGUCCUUUGGGUGGUGGCCCAUUCUUGAUACACACAGGAAACUGUUGAGUGUGAAAAACCCAGCAGCGUUGCAGUUCUUGACACAAACCGGUGCGCCUGGCACCUACUACCAUACCCCGUUCAAAGGCACUUACAUUUUUAUCUGGCCCAUUCACCCUCUGAAUGGCACACAUACACAAUCCAUGUCUCAAGGCUUAAAAUUCCUUAUUUAAUCUGCCUCCUCCCCUUCAUCUACACUGAUUGAAGUGGAUUUAACAAGUGACAUCAAUGAGGGAUCAUAGCUUUCACCUGGAUCCACCUGGUCAGUCUAUGUCAUGGAAAGAGCAGGUGUUCUUAAUGUUUUGUAUACUCAGUGUACGUUACAACUUUUGAAUGCAUAAAACAUAAAACAUUUGAUAAGAGAAUGAUCCGAGAGUGAGACUAUUUCGUUUUAAAGUCUGAAGCCAAGAUGGCUUCCAGCAGAUCUCAUUAACACUUCAAAGACGUGUUUGCGUUGUCCUCCCAAAGACAAGCAAUGCAUUGUUGAGAUGAUAAACAAAGCCAUUAGCUUUACUGAAAAGGGUGUAGAGGGCAGAGUGUGGUAUGGAAAGGAGAGGUUGCUGAUGCUGGUACAGAUUACACGCAAGGUUAUUAUAGUUGUAUGUUUUUAUAUUCGUUAUUUCUAUUCGUUUUUAGAUUUUUAUUUGAAAUUCAGUUUAGUUUCAGUGAGAUUUCAUACCUGAUUUUCAAGUAUUUAUCUAGUUUGAGUUGUAUAAAAAAAAGUAUAUUUCGUUUUUAUGUUAUUUAGCUUCAGUUUCAGUGUUAGGGACAGAAAGCAUGCGUGGGAGGCUAGGAGCCAUUUAUUUAUUUAUUUUGUUUUGGAGUCAAAGAUGAUAGUUUCUGUAUAGUUUUCGUUUUUCAAACGGGAUUGUUAAUUAUUUUAUUUCAGUUCACUAAAUCGUUUUUUUCAUGAUUAGUUUUCGUUUUCAUUUACUAUUAUGAUCUUGUGCACACUCCAUUUUCUCAGCGCUCCAGCUUUAAUCUCCUUCACUCCUUUAGAGGGGCCUUCUCCUCCUGCAAGUGUCCCUUUCUCACGUGUUGUGUUGAUAGACAUGGGGGCGGCACAAGCCGCUCGCCCUUUAGCUUUUCAUAGUGUUUCUGUUGUUAGAGCAACAACAACAGCGGAGCUAGAAAACACUCAACCAACAUGGAAGGACCAGUGUUUAGGGCCUAUACAUGAUUUACCAACCAUGGCUGACAAGUGGCUAUGUGCCAGGGAAAGAGACAGCUUAGUGCUUAAGAGCCUGCAUAGUGCAAAUAAUAAAUGUUUAACCUGUUAAUAUUUUUAUAUUUUUACUCUCAUAUAUUAACGCUCCCAUGCCAAGCAGGAAUAUAACACAUAUGAAUAAGAACACUAUCAUGAAAAGAUUAAUAAGGAUCUACUGAUAUAGGAUCUUAAUUUGAUCACCCUGUUGCAGGAUAACUUUCCUGCAAUGCCUGAAUGUUUAAACCUGCAGUGUAUGUGAGGUUUAAAAAGGAUUCUGAAGUUGGUAAUUUCCAGACUUGAUUUCCCCUUAAGAAAAAUGUAUCAACCCUACAAAACUGUCCAUUAAUUAUAAUCCACAUAAUAAUUCACAUUUCCUGUUGUAGCAAACUGGCUCAAAUUAAGAUCCUACACCUGAUCUAUCUGUCUUCUCAAUACAAAUUGCGGGAGUGAUGAUUUAAACAGCCUCCUCUUUAUUGUUGUUACAUGUUGAUGGUAAAAAAUACUCGGCCCAGAGGGAUGUAGGCCCAGAGAAAGCCUUGCUAACUGUCAAUGCCUUUCAUAUUUUCUCAAAGCUUUUUUAUGCUGCAAUUCAAGCCAUUCAUUUAUCAGUAGCUUUGUUCUUUAAAGAGAUGGAAAGAGCUUCUCCAGAUAUUCCUCCUCACCACCCUGAGAAUAGAGAACAGAAAAUGUGCAUUUGUUGAUUUUAAUUGGAGCACACUUGAAAUUCAUAGCAUUCAUAAACCUGCUUGGAGCAGAUUCGAACUGGGGUGGUAUGAGUGAGAGCUCUUGGGGUAGGCUAUGCAACAAUAGACAGUACAGGUGUUGAUGUAGCAAAUGUAUGUCACCACUUCAAAACAUGAUUUCUUAUAUCCUGUUAGAAUGUGAUAAUCUAAAAUGGGACACAUUUUAAAUCCAGCCCUCAGAUUGGGCAGAACUCGGUCUUCUGAUUAUACAGUUAAAGCCAGCUAAUUGCUCCUGGGACGUGUCAUCCACUCCUUUUCCUUGGCCAUGGCUUUCCAAUGUGUAUUUGGUCAGGAAAGGAAAAGGAAGUCUUUGCACUGCCCAUAAGUAAUAAAUAUUUCACUGAUUUAAUAUUGCCACAUGAGACGGAGCGACAGUCUGACAACCGACCAAUGUUGUAUUACAUUUCAUGAAUAUUCACAAGCUGCUCCGUGCUCGCCUUACAAAUGGAUUUGGGCUGGGGUCUUGGGAGCCUCUCAGAAUGAGCAACACCUCUGAGUUUCUCACCUGGGACUCUCCAUUCCAGAAUUUAUGAACUCAGUGCAUCUGAACAAUUAAAAGUACUCUACUCCUUUUAUUUGCAUGGUCUAUUAUUCAGCAGCAUGAAAAGACUGGAGGAAUUAUAAUUUCAUAUACAGUGCUGAGAAAUUAUCCACGGCUGCGUUCACCAGUCAUUUCCUCGCCAGACUUGAUAAUCAGAGAGCAGAUGCUCUGUGUGUUGGUCUGUGCGGUGUGUGUGUGUGUGUGUGUGCAUACGUGCAUCUGUGCAUGUGUGUGUCUCUAUGUUCACCUGCGUCUCAUCUGCAUAUUUAUCACACUUUCAUCUUGCUGUUUUAUGAAGUCCAGUCCAGGCUGCGGGUUGGAUGUGUGCGCUGAAUUAUACAGUGUUGGAUUGAUGAUGACGCAAUGAUCCUACAGUCACUCCUUUUCAAUUGUUGGUUCUGUCUUCGCUCUCUCUACCACACAGUCAAACCACUCAACCAGCCAAUACUGCAGGUUCUCGGUCUAUUUUCGAGUUAUCUGCAGUCAUCCAAAUCUGUAGAGUCAGAGGCCUGCUGAUGUUUGGCUGGAUCACAAAGCACACCUGAUGCAGCGAGCGCUGUUGUUUACUGAGGGCACUGUGUGUGCACUGACCCAUCACAGUGCUAACAGUUCCAUGCUGUAAUAAUAAAAUAAAAAAUAAAAAUAAAAACAGUUCCAUGCUGUAAAGAGAGGAGGUUGGGUUGCUGGCUGACGUCUUGGGAGACCAGGACUUAUUUCCCUGUGAGGCCAGGGCCUUCCUGGGUGGCGCAGUAUGUCAGUCACAUUGCAUGCUGUCCUAAUCUAAGGUGAUGACGUGUGACGCCAACUGUCGUUGUUGGAGUGGGUCCCAGAAAUCAACAAUCAUCCUCUUGGCGGUGCCAGCAAGGACUGUGACGCCAUGAAACCAAUACUGAAAAUACCCUUCAGACAGAAAGUGGGAGGUGGGAAGCAGGCAGCCUAGCAAUCACACUCCUCAGAUAACUGGCAAGGUGACAUCUUCAUCAUGUACUUGAGACCACUUAAAGCAUAAUACUGUUAUUUUGAUGUGUAUGGUGAGCUUGGUUCAAUGUCAUAUCUUUCAUUUAUGGGGCGAUGAUUGAUAUGGCUACUUUAGGCCUAACACAAUACAGGUGCUCGACAAUAGUUCUGCCCAGUUUUUUCAGAUAUAUUAUUCUUACACAUGAUUCAUUCCUCCAUUUCAUUUCAACGUAGUAACUGUAGUGAUGUCAUUGUUGUCAUUGUGUUGACAAGCUUUUAAUCUCUCAUGUGUAUCGCUAGUCUUGCGUCUGUUUCACCACUCCGUGCUCUACAUUGUGAUGCCUCCAUCUGAUUCAUGUCUCUGGAAGAGAGCAACAGAAGGAGAAGGAAGGAGAUCCUGUUAUCUAAAAGAGUCCACUGACUUGAUAUAUAUGUGCAAUGCAUAUUUCCAAUCCCCAUUUCAAAUGUGACAGAGGAACUCCUAUUCCAUUAGCCAGAUGCAGGGUAAGAUUCAGUGACUUCCCAAGAAUAGGGAUGCUUCAUUUGGUUCGGCCAACACUUUGUGACUUGAUUUAUGUGUGAAAUUGAGGUCAUUUAUCUAUUUAUUUAUUUAUUUAUUUAUUUAUUUUAGUUUCACUCAUCAAUUGAAACAAGCACUUGAUUUAUAUUGAGAAGUGUGCAUUUGAUUCAUUGUAAGGUUCCUGAAUAACUAGACUUGUGCGUGCAUCUCUGACCUAUUUAGGAUUCCCCUUACCCAACCAAAUCUCAUCACUUGUAUUUGGUUCAUUGUAUAACAUUCGGGAUCACACAGCGUUCUAUAUGGUUAUCUAGAGGGAAAUUGUUAAUCAACUCAAACAAUGCAGAACCAGUUUAUGCAGAUCCAAUUUAACCCACGAUGAUGGCCACAUCACCACAAAAUUACUCUCUGUCCUCCUACUACAGUGCUGUACAGUACAUCAACAAGGUUACAUACAGUAGAUUAACAGAUGACACUAAAUCUUAAAUCAUAUGCAAAUCACUCAAUGUCUUCAUUCAAUCUGCUCCAUACACAAUCCAAAGGCCCCUCUGAAAGUGAAGAAUAUGAAAGCUUCCCUUUCCCCUCUUCUGAAAAGUCCAUUGUUUCAGUAGAAACCUAAUGGAUAUCAUCUGGGGACUCCUGUCUGUACCAAGACAAGGUACUCUGAGUAUUACUUAUCUCGCUGCCUCCACAUUCCUCCUGGGGAGCUCCGAUUCUCCUCCAGUAAUGACUAUCUAUCCAAUUUAGUCCCCUCUCUCCAAGGGGAAAUAAAUCCACCGUGGUCUUAGCUGUUGAUGAAAGGACAUGGAGGUCCCUAGGGUCUUGCACUAUGACCUUAAUUGACAGGAAAUUGUAUUUGCCUCUCUCUCCCUCUCUACCCCUCUCCAAACUAAAAAGGCCACCCUAGUCAUAGACUGUUCUCUCUGCUACCGCACGGCAAGCGGUACCGGAGUGCCAAGUCUAGGUCCAAAAGACUUCUCAACAGCUUCUACCCCCAAGCCAUAAGACUCCUGAACAGCUAAUCAUGGCUACCCGGACUAGUUUGCACUGGCCGCCCACCCCAUCCUUUUUACGCUGCUGCUACUCUGUUAAGUAUUAUGCAUAGUCAUUUAACUCUACCCACAGUAAUACUACUCAACUACCUCAACUAGCCGGUCCCCGCCCCUUGACUCUGCAACGGUACCCCCCCUGUAUAUAGCCUCCCUACUGUCACUUAUUUUACUGUAAUAUAAGCCUCCCUACUGUCACUUUAUUUAUUCUUUGCUCUUUUUCUCAACACUUUUUUGUUUUGUUUAUUCUUACUUUUUUGUUUAAAAUAAAUGCACUGUUGGUUAGGGCUGUAAGUAAGCAUUCACUGUAAUGUCUGCACCUGUUGUAUUCGGCACAUGUGACCAUAAAAUUUGAUUUGAUUUGAUUUGAUUUGAUUUGAAAAAGGUGCCUCCUGGAUUUACUUGACAUGCCACUGGGAUGACACUUCUUUUUUUCUCUCCUUUUCUCUUUCUUCUCUCUCUCUCUCCCAGCGCUCCUAAGGGCCCCAAGCUUUUGAUGACCCCCACCAGGGCAAAGGUAGGGGACACGGUGCGCAUCACUGUGCAAGGAUUCCAGGUAGGCGCUGGGGUUCCUGGGGUAAGUGCAUGGGGGUUUAUGAAACCGGAGAGCCAUGUUCAGUUUGGGAUAGGAGGGGACAGGGGAGAUGUGCAGUUAAGCCUGUCGAGUUUUCUGAUAUAGUGACCAUUCUUACAGGGUGAGGGAUAUACCAUACGUCUUCUCGGUCUAAGCCUAGCAUACUGUUUGUUGUUCUGUGGAAAAAGUAUAAGUGCACUAUUGGAAAAAGUGACUGGUUUUAAUUUUGGGGGGGAAUAUUCCUAUCUUUUCACAUUUCUGAUUCACUGUUGCGUACUGCCCAUGCCUCAAGGCAUUAAACUAUUUCAAUGAAAAAUGAAUAACCCUUUCCAAAUCUGUUUGUUUAUGGAUACCUCCAAUUCUCUGGUGUUCUGUUGUUUUCUUAAGUCUAUCUCCUUAAGCCAACAGGCAUCCAUGUCAAGCUGUUAGAGGAUUCCUCAGCAGAGCAGAGUGAGGGUUUGUUCCUGCUAGGGCAUUCCAGUUAGGAUUUGUUCUUUUUUUAACUAUCAUCCUCUGUCAAAAAAAGACAAUCUUUCCAGCAGUGUGAAUGGUAUUUAGCUGAUCCCCAUCUCAGUGACAGGAGUAGGGAUGACACAGUGGUGGCGCUGCCUGCUAGAGCCAGCCAGGUGGAGAGGACAAGGCUAAUUCUGAUAGGCCAUGCUAAUGGACCUUUAAGUUUAGUUUAGUGCAGCAGGCUGAAACCUGGGCAGAUGUAUACGAGUAUCUCCACCCACUGAUUUCAUAGUAUUUGAAGUUGUCCUUCGAAUAGUGUUAAGAAUGGUCACUAUAAACAGGCUUGACUGGGACAUACAGCCAAUUGGGCCCUUCGUAAGCAGGCAUCAGUGCAUGGAGAUUCAUCCCAAAGUAAAUCUCCCUUAUCCUUCACUGGACCAAGACUCUGGGGUUUCUCUAGUAAAUAAGAUUUAGUGCUAAAACAUAUUUUACCUCUCUUGCCUUCUCAUAGUGUGAUAAAAAAUAUAUCAGUAUCCCCUACGGUUUAUAGUAUCAUAAUUAUACAUAAUCACACAGUGCAGGGUUAUGCCUUUCUUUCCAUUGAUAUGCUUAGUCCCCAAUCUGUGUUAAUACAUAUGAAGAUGAGAAAGGCACUGACUCUUUCAUUGGGGCUGGGCUUCUUAAUUUGGUUUCUCUAAGGCCGUUGGGGAUAUGUGACAGGAAGAUCUCACUCGGACCUUUCAAUGUUUUUUAUCUUGAUGUGACCUUAUGCCAUGAGACUGCCCCGGAUCAACAAACCCCUUUCACUUCUGUCAUCAUGUGAAUUCGGAGGUUCAAGAACUCUUAUCAGCGCAGUCGUUUUUGGAAGGUUACACAAAUCACACCAGCUUAGUCAGAACGAUGACACACCAGCUCGUCAAGGCAGACAUUCAGUUCAUUAAAGCAUUUCUAUGGGUCACACAAAGUGGCAAGAGUCAAGUCGCCAUAGAUUCUUUAAAAGGGCUGGGAUGUCACAUUUCUAAUUGCUAAAAAAAAAUCUAGUCAGAUUAUCACUAACAGUAAGUUUAACUUAAUGGAAUUUCAUUCUGUUGCAUCACACUUUUCUUCAGGAAUAGACGUCAAUUGUUUGUCAAUCUCUUUGUGCCCUUUCACCCAAGAUGCAUGACAGCAACAGAUUUGGCCCUCAGUCCUGCAGUGCAGACUAGAUGAAACAGUAGAGUUCCCCUAUCCAGUUCUUCUUUGACCAUGUGUGGAGUGAUCAUAAUUCCCGAUGAUGUGUUGUUCCCUCUGAAUAACCUUUGAGCACCACAACCCCUCAUACCACUCUCUCUACUUAACACCCUCCCCUCUCCUGCUGACGUGUUCUCCAGCUGACGUGAUUCUAAUAACAUGUCUGUAUCCAGCAGAUGGCAGAAAAGAUAUCCAGAGGAGGACAGCAGGAGGCUUCUUCUCUGAGGAAGAAUAGCCCUCUUAAUAUCUAGCUAUAACCAUGACAACCCUUUUGAAAAGGGGAAUAUUUUUAAACUGUGUGGGAAACUCUCUGAAGAGGCACGAAAAUGAGAAAAAUGUUGUAAAUGUAGUGUUGAUUAUUAAUGCAUGCUGUUAACUCACCAUUGCAUUAGGGGGAAAUAGAGCUUGUAUUAUUCAUGUAGCCUUUGUUCUUAAUCUUUUGGCUGGGACUUAUCUCUUUUUCACCGCUUGUCCCUCCCUCCCUCCCUCCCUCCCUCCCUCCCUCACACACACUGGGGUGGUCUGUUGAUAGAAUGAGGUUUUCCCUGAGCCCCUCUUCACCUGGACCCGGGUCGGGGGCCGUCUACUGGACGGGAGUGCCGAGUGGGAUGGAAAGGAGCUGAUUCUGGAGAGAGUGCCAGCUGAACUCAACGGCUCCAUGUACCGCUGCACGGCCCAGAAUCCCCUGGGCUCCACGGACACGCACACUCGCCUCAUCGUCUUUGGUACGUGUCCAAACUCAUCACCAUAUUCUCUAAUCCUAGAGAGCAUUGCAGAGAUUCAAAAACGUAACACUAAUUCUUAUUCAUGGGAUAUUUUAUUCCCACUAUUCAAAGGAAUCUCCUUAUUAUUAUUUCAAACACCAUUAAAAUUGUUAAUAUUAUUCAUCCACAUACAGUGUUAAGCAUCGCAUUUAUGUUAAAAAAAGAUAGAUUUAUGUGGCCAUUUUUAGAUAUGAAUUAUCUAUGCAAACUAAGUGCAUUAUUAAUAAGUGAUUGUAUCACUAAAUGACUCAACAAUGCCUCUCCAACAAAGGUUGAUUUACAUAAGUGAGUAAUGCUUCUCAUCUGGGUGAGUAGAAAUCCAACAGCCAUUAUAAUGCCACAAGCAGUGUGUAUUGUACCCAUUCUCUCCAACACUGACUGCUAAUAAUCACAUGAGAGGCCCAUAAUAGAAUAAAUGAUAUUUUUUAUUUCACAGUGUCAUCCCACCUCUUUGUUCAACGACCCACCACGUGCAAGCUAGAUCAGGCUUUUCAUGAUGUGCUAUUUAUCGCAGUCCCAGUUUGCUUUAGUUGAUGUGGGGUAGUUGGACUGUUUGCUGACUCUAUUACUCCUGUGCUGUAUGUCCUGCUGCCCUGGAUGUGUUUACCCUUGAGCCCUUUGGAAUUAAAACUCAUCAGAGGCCUGUCAAUCAUAGCUUCUCUGUUUUAAUCAAAUCCGCUGCACCGAGGAUGAAGGACUUCUCCUAUGUAUUAUAUAUUCUCUACUCUCAUGUUAGAGAUAACUGCUGUGCAAGAGAUGGAACUGAUAUACACUGAAUGUACAAAACAUUAGGAACACCUGCUCUUUCCAUGACAUAGACUGACCAGGUGAAUCCAGUUUAAAGCAAUGAUCCCUUAUUGAUGUCACUUGUUAAAUCCACUUCAAUCAGUGUAGAUGAAGGGGAGGAGACAGGUUAAAGAAGGACUUUUAAGCCUUGAGAAUAUUGAGACAUGGAUUGUGUAUGUGUUCCAUUCAGAGGGUGAAUGGGGCAAGACAAAAUAUUUAAGUGCCUUUGAAUGGGGUAUGAUAGACAGGCGCAGCAGUUUGAGUGUGUAAAGAAGUGCAACGCUGCUGGGUUUUUCACGCUCAUCGGUUUCCCGUGAAUAUCAAGAAUGGUCCACCACCCAAAGGACAUCCAGCCAAUUUGACACAACUGUGAGAAGCAUUGGAGUCAACAUGGGCCAGCAUCCCUGUUGAACGCUUUUGACACCUUGUAGAGUCCACGCCCCGAUGAAUUGAGACUGUUCUGGGGUAAAAAAGGGGGUGCAAGUCAGGUGUUCCUAAUGUUUUGUACACUCAGUGUAUAUUGGACCCUAACUGUGUUCAUAUGUUCAAGGGCUAGUUUCCAGGGUUAACAUAUUCACGGGACAUGUGUCCCCACAGUAAUCUGCCUGCACUGUCAUAAUGCAACUAAGAAACGAUCUGUCCAUCAUUUGAUAAAUUCCCACCUUGACAUCCUUCCGUGAGCAAGGUUUAGAAAAUGUCCGAAAUUUACAAAUUGUUGGACGAGCUCAAAGAGCCUCCUUCUAGGAAAACUGCCACUUUGGGGAGGUGUUACCUUGGGGAGUGUUUUGGUAGAAAGAGCACUAAUGCUUAUUUAACACCCGGAUGCACCCUCAGGUGUCAUCGGCUAUGUGUGGUGUAGGCUAUCUGUCUACGUCUAUAUCCUAGAUGGCUUCCACUCAUGCUUAGGGGAGCUAAAUGGUGAUUGAGAGACCUUGGCACCGUCCCCCGUGGCCUUGAAAUGAGACACUUCUCUCUCCAUGGGCAGGGUGGAUAUUUGGAGCUCUGCUCACUUGGCUAACUGUUCAUUAUACAUCAUCAGGUAUAAUAUAGUAUAAGGAUGGGAUGUUAUUGAGACUCUCCACUGGCAGAAAGCAGUGCUCAUAUGUUAAUGAUGCACAUCUCCAAGCACCUUAGAUAUAAUACCCUCGGUGAUUACACUGAAGUGACUCAGCAGUGAAGAGGCGGGCUGUCACAAACCCACUGAUUUCUCUCUGUCUUUGUGGACUGAGUUGGGAAAUCACAUGUGGAUGCUAAAACACCAGCAGUUUGGGGAGUUUGUUAGAAUAGGAGCUCUGCUAUUGCCCUCUUGUCCCACCCUCAGACCACAGUUCUAACUGCUGCUCUAACUUGUUAUGCCAGAGUACCCAAUGUUCACAGCUCUAUUAAUACAGACUCACCAGUGGGAUGUUAUUUUCCAUGAGCUUUAGGAACAGAGAGUUCGGAAUCAUUAGACCGUCUACCCAUGUCAGCUCUCUAUUUUCUCAUCAUCUCCUCACUUAUUUUCCCUCUCUCUCUCUCUCUCUCUCUCUCUCUCUCUCUCUCUCUCUCUCUCUCUCUCUCUCUCUCUCUCUCUCUCUCUCUCUCUCUCUCGGUCUCGGUCUCUCUCUCCCUCUCUCUCCGAUUCCCCUUCAUGUCUCUCCACAGAAAAUCCGGCCAUGAUGAAAAACACUCAGAAUCCGAACAGUAAGUAUGGCAGCCAUGAAGACCAUUGUGCUUCUCACACAUUUUUCAAGAUGUACAGUGCCUUGCAAAAGUAUUCAUCCCCCUAGGCGUUUUUCCUAUUUUGUUGCAUUACUACCUGUAAAUUAAAUUGAUUUUUAUUUGGAUUUCAUGUAAUGGACAUACACAAAAUAGUCCAAAUUGGUGAAGUGAAAUGAAAAAAAUAACUUGUUUCAAAAAAUUCAAAAAAAUGAAUAACGGAUCCAAUUACCUUCAGAAGUCACAUAAUUAGUUAAAUAAAUUCCACCUGUGUGCAAUCUAAGUGUCACAUGAUCUGUCACAUGAUCUCAGUAUAUAUACACCUGCAACACCACUAAGCAAGGGGCACCACCAAGCAAGCGGCACCAUGAAGACCAAAGAGCUCUCCAAACAGGUCAGGGACAAAGUUGUGGAGAAGUACAGAUCAGGGUUGGGUUAUAAAAAAAUAUCAGAAACUUUGAACAUCCCACGGAGCACCAUUAAAUCCAUUAUUAAAAAAUGGAAAGAAUAUGGCACCACAACAAACCUGCCAAGAGAGGGCCGCCCACCAAAACUCAUGGACCAGGCAAGGAGGGCAUUCAUCAGAGGCAACAAAGAGACCAAAGAUAACCCUGAAGGAGCUGCAAAGCUCCACAGCAGAGAUUGGAGUGUCUGUCCAUAGGACCACUUUAAGCCGUACACUCCACAGAGCUGGGCUUUACGGAAGAGUGGCCAGAAAAAAGCCAUUGCUUAAAGAAAAAAAUAAGCAAACACGUUUGGUGUUCGCCAAAAGGCAUGUGGGAGACCCAUGGGGCGGCGCACAAGUCGUCCAGGGUAGGGGAGGGAAUGGCCGGCAGGGAUGUAGCUCAGUUGGUAGAGCAUGGCAUUUGCAACGCCAGGGUUGUGGGUUCGAUUCCCACGGGGGGCCAGUAUAAAAUAUACAGUGGGGAGAACAAGUAUUUGAUACACUGCCAAUUUUGCAGGUUUUCCUACUUACAAAGCAUGUAGAGGUCUGUAAUUUUUAUCAUAGGUACACUUCAACUGUGAGAGACGGAAUCUAAAACAAAAAUCCAGAAAAUCACACUGUAUGAUUUUUAAGAAAUUAAUUUGCAUUUUAUUGCAUGACAUAAGUAUUUGAUACAUAAGAAAAGCAGAACUUAAUAUUUGGUACAGAAACCUUUGUUUGCAAUUACAGAGAUCAUACGUUUCCUGUAGGUCUUGACCAGGUUUGCACACACUGCAGCAGGGAUUUUGGCCCACUCCUCCAUACAGACCUUCUCCAGAUAUUGCAGGUUUUGGGGCUGACGCUGGGCAAUACAGACUUUCUGCUCCCUCCAAAGAUGUUCUAUUGGGUUCAGGUCUGGAGACUGGCUAGGCCACUCCAGGACCUUGAGAUGCUUCUUACGGAGCCACCCCUUAGGUGCCCUGGCUGUGUGUUUCGGGUCGUUGUCAUGCUGGAAGACCCAGCCACGACCCAUCUUCAAUGCUCUUACUGAGGGAAGGAGGUUGUUGGCCAAGAUCUCGCGAUACAUGGCCCCAUCCAUCCUCCCCUCAAUACAGUGCAGUUGUCCUGUCCCCUUAGCAGAAAAGCAUCCCCAAAGAAUGAUGUUUCCACCUCCAUGUUGGGAUGGUGUUCUUGGGGUUGUACUCAUCCUUAUUCUUCCUCCAAACACGGCGAGUGGAGUUUAGACCAGAAAGCUCUAUCUCACAUGACCUUCUCCCAUUCCUCCUCUGGAUCAUCCAGAUGGUCAUUGGCAAACUUCAGACGGGCCUGGACAUGCACUGGCUUGAGCAGGGGGACCUUGCAUGCGCUGCAGGAUUUUAAUCCAUGACGGCGUAGUGUGUUACUAAUGGUUUUCUUUGAGACUGUGGUCCCAGCUCUCUUCAGGUCAUUGACCAGGUCCUGCCGUGUAGUUCUGGGCUGAUCCCUCACCUUCCUCAUGAUCAUUGAUGCCCCACGAGGUGAGAUCUUGCAUGGAGACCCAGACUGAGGGUGAUUGACCGUCAUCUUGAACUUCUUCCAUUUUCUAAAAAUUGCGCCAACAGUUGUUGCCUUCUCACCAAGCUGCUUGCCUAUUGUCCUGUAGCCCAUCCCAGCCUUGUGCAGGUCUACAAUUUUAUCCCUGAUGUCCUUACACAGCUCUCUGGUCUUGCCCAUUGUGGAGAGGUUGGAGUCUGUUUGAUUGAGUGUGUGGACAGGUGUCUUUUAUACAGGUAACAAGUUCAAACAGGUGCAGUUAAUACAGGUAAUGAGUGGAGAACAGGAGGGCUUCUUAAAGAAAAACGAAGAGGUCUGUGAGAGCCGGAAUUCUUACUGGUUGGUAGGUGAUCAAAUACUUAUGUCAUGCAAUAAAAUGCAAAUUAAUUACUUAAAAAUCAUACAAUGUGAUUUUCUGGAUUUUUGUUUUAGAUUCUGUCUCUCACAGUUGAAGUGUACCUAUGAUAAAAAUUACAGACCUCUACAUGCUUUUUAAGUAGGAAAACCUGCAAAAUCGGCAGUGUAUCAAAUACUUGUUCUCCCCACUGUAUAUAUAUAUAUAUAUAUACACUGCUCAAAAAAAUAAAGGGAACACUUAAACAACACAAUGUAACUCCAAGUCAAUCACAUUUCUGUGAAAUCAAACUGUCCACUUAGGAAGCAACACUGAUUGACAAUACAUUUCACAUGCUGUUGUGCAAAUGGAAUAGACAACAGGUGGAAAUUAUAGGCAAUUAGCAAGACACCCCCAAUAAAAGACUGGUUUUGCAGUUGGUGACCACAGACCACUUCUCAGUUCCUAUGCUUCCUGGCUGAUGUUUUGGUCACUUUUGAAUGCUGGCGGUGCUUUCACUCUAGUGGUAGCAUGAGACGGAGUCUACAACCCACACAAGUGGCUCAGGUAGUGCAGCUCAUCCAGGAUGGCACAUCAAUGCGAGCUGUGGCAAGAAGGUUUGCUGUGUUUGUCAGCGUAGUGUCCAGAGCAUGGAGCCGCUACCAGGAGACAGGCCAGUACAUCAGGAGACGUGGAGGAGGCCGUAGGAGGGCAACAACCCAGCAGCAGGACUGCUACCUCCACCUUUGUGCAAGGAGGAGCAGGAGGAGCACUGCCGGAGCCCUGCAAAAUGACCUCCAGAAGGCCACAAAUGUGCGUGUGUCUGCUCAAACGGUCAGAAACAGACUCCAUGAGGGUGGUAUGAGGGCCCGACGUCCACAGGUGGGGGUUGUGCUUACAGCCCAACACCGUGCAGGACGUUUGGCAUUUGCCAGAGAACACCAAGAUUGGCAAAUUCGCCACUGGCGCCCUGUGCUCUUCACAGAUGAAAGCAGGUUCACACUGAGCACGUGACAGACGUGACAGAGUCUGGAGACGCCGUGGAGAACGUUCUGCUGCCUGCAACAUCCUCCAGCAUGACCGGUUUGGCGGUGGGUCAGUCAUGGUGUGGGGUGGCAUUUAUUUGGGGGGCCGCACAGCCCUCCAUGUGCUCGCCAGAGGUAGCCUGACUGCCAUUAGGUACCGAGAUGAGAUCCUCAGACCCCUUGUGAGACCAUAUGCUGGUGCGGUUGGCCCUGGGUUCCUCCUAAUGCAAGACAAUGCUAGACCUCAUGUGGCUGGAGUGUGUCAGCAGUUCCUGCAAGAGGAAGGCAUUGAUGCUAUGGACUGGCCUGCCCGUUCCCCAGACCUGAAUCCAAUUGAGCACAUCUGGGACAUCAUGUCUCGCUCCAUCCACCAACGCCACGUUGCACCACAGACUGUCCAGGGGUUGGCGGAUGCUUUAGUCCAGGUCUGGGAGGAGAUCCCUCAGGAGACCAUCCGCCACCUCAUCAGGAGCAUGCCCAGGCGUUGUAGGGAGGUCAUACAGGCACGUGGAGGCCACACACACUACUGAGCUUCAUUUUGACUUGUUUUAAGGACAUUACAUCAAAGUUGGAUUAGCCUGUAGUGUGGUUUUCCACUUUAAUUUUGAGGGUGACUCCAAAUCCAGACCUCCAUGGGUUGAUGCAUUUGAUUUCCAUUGAUCAUUUUUGUGUGAUUUUGUUGUCAGCACAUUCAACUAUGUAAAGAAAAAAGUAUUUCAUAAGAUUAUUUCAUUCAUUCAGAUCUAGGAUGUGUUAUUUUAGUGUUCCCUUAAUUUUUUUGAGCAGUGUAUAUAUAUAUAUACAGUGGGGAGAACAAGUAUUUGAUACACUGCUGAUUUAGCAGGUUUUCCUACUUACAAAGCAUGUAGAGGUCUGUAAUUUUUUAUCAUAGGUACACUUCAACUGUGAGAGACGAAAUCUAAAACAAAAAUCCAGAAAAUCACAUUGUAUGAUUUUUAAGUAAUUCAUUUGCAUUUUAUUGCAUGACAUAAGUAUUUGAUCACCUACCAACCAGUAAGAAUUCCGGCUCUCACAGACCUCUUCGUUUUUCUUUAAGAAGCCCUCCUGUUCUCCACUCAUUACCUGUAUUAACUGCACCUGUUUGAACGCAUUACCUGUAUAAAAGACACCUGUCCACACACUCAAUCAAACAGACUCCAACCUCUCCACAAUGGCCAAGACCAGAGAGCUGUGUAAGGACAUCAGGGAUAAAAUUGUAGACCUACACAAGGCUGGCAUGGGCUACAGGAAAAUAAGCAAGCAGCUUGGUGAUAAGGCAAAAAGUGUUGGCCCAAUUAUUAGAAAAUGGAAGAAUUUCAAGAUGACGGUCAAUCACCCUCAGUCUGGGGCUCCAUGCAAGAUCUCAUCUCGUGGGGCAUCAAUGAUCAUGAGGAAUGUGAGGGAUCAGCCCAGAACUACACGGCAGGACCUGGUCAAUGACCUGAAGAGAGCUGGGACCACAGUCUCAAAGAAAACCAUUAGAAACACACUACGCCGUCAUGGAUUAAAAUCCUGCAGCGCACGCAAGGUCCCCCUGCUCAAGCCAGCGCAUGUCCAGGCCCGUCUGAAGUUUGCCAAUGACCAUCUGGAUGAUCCAGAGGAGGAAUGGGAGAAGGUCAUGUGGUCUGAUAAAAAAUAAAUAAAGCUUUUUGGUCUAAACUCCACUCGCAGUGUUUGGAGGAAGAAGAAGGAUGAGUACAACCCCAAGAACACCAUCCCAACCGUGAAGCAUGGAGGUGGAAACAUCAUUCUCUGGGGAUGCUUUUCUGCAAAGAGGACAGGACGACUGCACCGUAUUGAGGGGAGGAUGGAUGGGGCCAUGUAUCGAGAGAUCUUGGCCAACAACCUCCUUCCCUCAGUAAGAGCAUUGAAGAUGUGGGUCGUGGCUGGGUCUUCCAGCAUGACAACGACCCGAAACACACAGCCAGGGCAACUAAGGAGUGGCUCCGUAAGAAGCAUCUCAAGGUCCUGGAGUGGCCUAGCCAGUCUCCAGACCUGAACCCAAUAGAAAAUCUUUGGAGGGAGCUGAAAGUCCGUAUUGCCCAGCGACAGCCCCGAAACCUGAAGGAUCUGGAGAAGGUCUGUAUGGAGAAGUGGGCUGCUGCAGUGUGUGCAAACCUGGUCAAGACCUACAGGAAACGUAUGAUCUCUGUAAUUGCAAACAAAGGUUUCUGUACCAAAUAUUAAGUUCUGCUUUUCUGAUGUAUCAAAUACUUAUGUCAUGCAAUAAAAUGCAAAUUAAUUACUUAAAAAUCAUACAAUGUGAUUUUCUGGAUUUUUUGUUUUAGAUUCCGUCUCUCACAGUUGAAGUGUACCUAUGAUAAAAAUUACAGACCUCUACAUGGUUUGUAAGUAGGAAAACCUGCAAAAUUGGCAGUGUAUCAAAUACUUGUUCUCCCCACUGUAUAGGCCUAAGGCCGAGACAAUAAGAAGACACAGUGGCAGAAUAAAUUCAACCACACCUUUGUUUCAUCACAAAACACUGUAUAUACAGUGGGGGGAAAAAGUAUUUAGUCAGCCACCAAUUGUGCAAGUUCUCCCACUUAAAAAGAUGAGAGAGGCCUGUAAUUUUAAUCAUAGGUACACGUCAACUAUGACAGACAAAUUGAGAAUUUUUUUCCAGAAAAUCACAUUGUAGGAUUUUUUAUGAAUUUAUUUGCAAAUUAUGGUGGAAAAUAAGUAUUUGGUCAACUACAAACAAGCAAAAUGUCUGGCUCUCACAGACCUGUAACAACUUCUUUAAGAGGCUCCUCUGUCCUCCACUCGUUACCUGUAUUAAUGGCACCUGUUUGAACUUGUUAUCAGUAUAAAAGACACCUGUCCACAACCUCAAACAGUCACACUCCAAACUCCACUAUGGCCAAGACCAAAGAGCUGUCAAAGGACACCAGAAACAAAAUUGUAGACCUGCACCAGGCUGGGAAGACUGAAUCUGCAAUAGGUAAGCAGCUUGGUUUGAAGAAAUCAACUGUGGGAGCAAUUAUUAGGAAAUGGAAGACAAACAAGACCACUGAUAAUCUCCCUCGAUCUGGGGCUCCACGCAAGAUCUCACCCCGUGGGCUCAAAAUGAUCACAAGAAUGGUGAGCAAAAAUCCCAGAACCACACGGGGGGACCUAGUGAAUGACCUGAAGAGAGCUGGGACCAAAGUAACAAAGCCUACCAUCAGUAACACACUACGCCGCCAGGGACUCAAAUCCUGCAGUGCCAGACGUGUCCCCCUGCUUAAGCCAGUACAUGUCCAGGCCCGUCUGAAGUUUGCUAGAAUGCAUUUGGAUGAUCCAGAAGAGGAUUGGGAGAAUGUCAUAUGGUCAGAUGAAACCAAAAUAGAACUUUUUGGUAAAAACUCAACUCGUCGUGUUUGGAGGACAAAGAAUGCUGAGUUGCAUCCAAAGAACACCAUACCUACUGUGAAGCAUGGGGGUGGAAACAUCAUGCUUUGGGGCUGUUUUUCUGCAAAGGGACCAGGACGACUGAUCCGUGUAAAGGAAAGAAUGAAUGGGGCCAUGUAUCGUGAGAUUUUGAGUGAAAACCUCCUUCCAUCAGCAAGGGCAUUGAAGAUGAAACGUGGCUGGGUCUUUCAGCAUGACAAUGAUCCCAAACACACCGUCCGGGCAACGAAGGAGUGGCUUCGUAAGAAGCAUUUCAAGGUCCUGGAGUGGCCUAGCCAGUCUCCAGAUCUCAACCCCAUAGAAAAUCUUUGGAGGGAGUUGAAAGUCCGUGUUUCCCAGCGACAGCCCCAAAACAUCACUGCUCUAGAGGAGAUCUGCAUGGAGGAAUGGGCCAAAAUACCAGCAACAGUGUGUGAAAACCUUGUGAAGACUUACAGAAAACGUUUGACCUGUGUCAUUGCCAACAAAGGGUAUAUAACAAAGUAUUGAGAAACUUUUGUUAUUGACCAAAUACUUAUUUUCCACCAUAAUUUGCAAAUAAAUUCAUUAAAAAUCCUACAAUGUGAUUUUCUGGAUUUUUUUCUUCUAGUUGAUGUGAUGACUAUGAUGAAAAUUACAGGACUCUCUCAUCUUUUUAAGUGGGAGAACUUGCACAAUUGGUGGCUGACUAAAUAAUUUUUUCCCCCACUGUAUGUAUAUAUAUAUAUAUAUAUAUAUAUAUAUAUAUAUAUAUAUAUAUAUAUAUAUAUAUAAAAUAAAUAGUAUGCACUAACUGUAAGUUGCUCUGGAUAAGAGCGUCUGCUAAAUGACUAAAAUGUUAAAAUGUAAAAUGAGACUCCCCAAACAUAUGGAAGAAGGUAUUCUGGUCAGAUGAGACUAAAAUUGAGCUUUUUGGCCAUCAAGGAAAACGUUAUGUCUGGUGCAAACCCAACACCUCUCAUAACCCCGAGAACACCAUCCUCACAGUGAAGCAUGGUGGUGGCAGCAUCAUGCUGUUGGGAUGUUUUUCUUUUAGCAGACGCUCUUAUCCAGAACGAAUUACAGGAGAAAUUAGGGUUAAGUGCCUUGCUCAAGGGCACAUCGACAGAUUUUUCACCUAGUCAGCUCGGGGAUUAGAACCAGUGACCUUUCGGUUACUGGCACAACGCUCUUAACCACUAAGCUACCUGCCGCCCUGAAUUGAAGGAAUGAUGGAUGGCGCUAAAUACAGGUACAUUCUUGAGGGAAACCUCUUUCAGUCUUGCAGAGAUUUGAGACUGGGACGGAGGUUCACCUUCCAGCAGGACAAUGACCCUAAGCAUACUGCUAAAGCAACACUCAAGUGGUUUAAGGGGAAACAUUUAAAUGUAUUGGAAUGGCCUAGUCAAAGCCCAGACCUCAAUCCAUUUGAGAAUCUGUGGUAUGACUUAAAGAUUGCUGUACACCAGCGGAACCCAUCCAACUUGAUGGAGCUGGAGCAGUUUUGCCUUGAAGAAUGGGCAAAAAUCCCAGUGGCUAGAUGUGCCAAAGGCAAAAGGUGGCUCUACAAAGUAUUGACUUUGGGGAGGUGAAUAGUUAUGCAUGCUCAAGUUUUCAGUUUUUUGGUAUUAUUUCUUGUUUGUUUCACAAUAACAAAUAUUUUGCAUCUUCAAAGUGGUAGGCAUGUUUUGUAAAUCAAAUGAUACAAACCCCCAAAAAAUCUAUUUUAAUUCCAGGUUGUAAGGCAACAAAAUAGGAAAAAUGCCAAGGGGGGUGAAUACUUUCGCAAGCCACUGUAGUUGAAGACAUUUGAGAUGACAAGCAUGCAAUCUGUAUCCACAAUGGCACAGUAACAAAGGACUUCUAGCUACUUCUUGGUUAGGGUUUGAUGGAUAAGCAAACUGACGACAGGUGAAUACAUGUCUAUCAUUCUAUCAUCAACACAAAAGAACAGAUUAACCAAAAAUCUCUCCACUCUAUGUUCAGAUAAAAUCAUGUUUCAGUCACUAUCCACUUUUAUCACUUUGUGAGAACUGUGAGAUUAGGGUUGUUUCAUACCCACUGUGGGGCCUCAUUUGCAGCACCUCAGAUUAUCAUAUGUAAAGAUGAGGGAUUGUCAGAGGAAGCACAGAGGGAUGUGAGGGCUCUCUGUCUCUUUCUCUUUCUGCUGCUCUGCUUGCCAUAUCUUACGGAUGUAUAUUUGAAUAUGCAAAUGAUCCGGCAAGCACAGGAGCAGGUGUGCCACAGCAAGGACAGAAUCAGGUCAGCAUGGAAGCCACUGAUCGCGGUGCGAGGCAGUGCGAGGCAGUGCGAGGCACAGACAUGCCUCGCAUGCAAGUCAAAUUGGUGUAGAACACGGCCCGAGAGGUCGCCGCACACGUUUCUGAACGCUCAGUGGCUGAUCGGCCCACUCCUCCCCCUGUGUGUGUGUGGGAAGAUCACCCUAUCAGUCAGUUAGAACAGGGGCCACAGCAGAGCAGAGCAACAAACCCCGCUCCUCUUCCAUCUCUGUCAGAGCUUAAAUGCUCUCGCUGUCCUAACAAAUGUUUUAGAAUAUUGUUGAUAAUGGAAAUUAACUGAGGUAUAGAGACACAAGGGAAGGAGUGAAGGCAGUGGCCGUAGUAGUUGUUUUUAUUGCAAUCCUACAACUGGAGAACAUGAGGCUAUUUCAAGUGUAGUUCUAGAAGCAAAAUAAUUGUUGUGGAGAAUGUGGUUAAGUUGCCAUAAAAGCAAAGAGCCAGAAUUGCCAAUUGUCCUUGUUUUGAAAGCCUUUACCAGGGCAUAACAUCUGACCAAAUCUGCUCUGUCAGUACAUGAUUUGGUUGCAUUUAGCUUAAAUUAUGCAGAGGAAAAAACGACCUGAUCAGUGUUUUUAUUGAAAUUCAAGUCUGUUUUGUCUUAAUUAUUUAUAUUUAGUUUAGUUUGUGUGUGUCUAGUGAUUGGAUAUUAUAUAUAAAUAGUGAUCUGACUAUCUCUUCCUCUGGCCCUUGCAGAUGGAACCCCUCGCGUGGAUGUGCUCGGACCUAUAUGGAUGGUGCUGGCCCUGGUCCUCACAGUGACUGUGGAACUG